AGAAGCUCUCGGGGGACCCUGAGCUGGAGGUUGUCUCAUAUCGCGCCAGCCUCGGGGAGUUGGAGUCAUGCGAGGAGAUGGAAGAGGUGGCGAGUUUCUGCUCACGGGUCGGUCUAUUGUUCGAUAUCCAGGGCAAGUACAUGGAGGCCGAACCACUCUAUGAGAGGUCACAGGCCAUACAAGAGAAGGUCUUGGGUCUGGAGCAUCCGGAUGUGGCUAGUUCGCUCAACAACCGGGUGGAGUUGUUGAGAGCUCAGGUGACAGCCAACUGAUGCUUCUAGAUCCUUCUGGAGUAUAUAUAUUCAUUCCUCCGCAGUUCUAGAUCUCAAUUUGACUCAAUUCCGACUCUCUGCUUCGAUGUUCACCACAUACCAUGGGGCAAGUUUGUCAAAACCAUGAAUGGAGUAUAAUGCGGAGGAACAAAUGCUCAACAACCGCGCCCUGCUGUUGAGCGUUGUGGCCACAUCGGGAUGCUCUGGACCUAGCCCUUUCUCUCGUAUGGCCUGUGACCGCGCGUACAGUGGCUCGGCCUCAGUGUACUUGCCUUGUGGCGUGCCCAGCGUGGCAGAGUUGGAUGCAAUCCAAUCAAAUGGGGAUCUACGAUUAACUGCGGAUAAACAAUCUUGUAACAAACGCGUGCUGUUCGUAAAGCGCCUGGGCCACACCCGGGUCCUACAGGCCCAACGAGUUCCCUCGUAUGGCUCAUGACUGUUCAUAGAGUGGCUUGGGCAAAAAUUCUUGCCGUGAUACGUGAUGAACAGCGAGGCAGACGAUCAGAAUUCAGUCAAAAUGAGACCUAGAACUGCGGAGGAAUAUGUUCUUUAAAGAUCGUCUAGAAGCAUCAUUUGGCUCCCACCUGAGCUCUCAACGACUCCGCCGGGGUUGUUGGAGAGCCAGGUGAGAAACUGUUCAACAAGAAAAUGUUCCUCCGUAGUUCUAGAUCUCACUUGAUCGAAAUCCGACUUUUUGCCAGAACAUAUCAUGGCAAGUACACUGCGGCUGAGCCACUACUAGCGGUCAUAAGCCAUACGAGGGUAUGUUCUGGGCCUGAAGCACCCGGGUGUCGCCCAUGUGUUCUCUCACAUGCAGCAUAGCCCAACAAGUUAUCUCUCUUCCCGUGUCCGUCAUACUGCAGGGCAGUUAUGAGGAGGCCGAGUCUUUGUACGGGCCCUCGCUGGCUAUUAACGAGGGAAUUUACGGUCCUGACCACCCACCCGGACGUCGCUACAGUCCUCAAUAACUUGGCCGAGUUGUUGAAAUUCCAGGUGAGAACCAAACGAUACGUAACUCUCGAUGCUUCUAGAAGCAAAUAUCCCCCGCAAUUCUAGAUGUCAAUCUGAGUUAAAUUAGUCUGAUUGGUGGCAACAUACUGAGCCAGAGCCAUUCUUUGGGCGGUCACAAGCCAUGCAAGAGGAGGUUCUGCGCCUGGAGCACCCAGGUGUGACCCAGGCGCUCAACAACCGGGUGGACGUCGCCAAUGAUGAUGUUUUUCAGCAGUUUGUUGUAGAUCACCCUUUAAUUAAUGAGGACAACAACUCUGCUACGUUGUGUACGACUGUACACUACGGCAAGUACACUGAGGCCGAACCACGGUACGAACGGUGCCGGGCGAUAUACGAGAUGGCCUUGGGUCCGGAUCAUCCUAAUGUGGCCACAACGAUCAACAACCGGGCGGGGUUGUUGGAGAGGCAGGUGAGAGCCAAACGAUGCCUGUAGAAGAAUGUGUUCCCCCGCCAUUCCUGAUGUCGAUUUGACUGGACUCUCUGCCGCGCUGUUCAUCACGUACCCAUGGCAGUGUACGGAGCUGGAGCUACUCUUUGAACGGUAGUAAACGAUACGAGGGAACUUGCUGGGCCUGUAGAACCUGGGUGUAGCCCAGGUGCUCCACAACCGGGCGGGUUUGACUACGAAAAUGUAUACUCGCCUUGUAGAUCUCACGUUGAUUGAACCAUGAAUACAACUGCCACGCUGUGUGCAACUGCAUGUCAGGGCAAGUACGCUCGGGCCGAACCUUUGUAUAAACGCUCCCUCGCCAUUCGCGAAAAAUCCCUUGGCCCUAAUCACCCUGCGGUGGCGACAACGCUUAACAACCGGGCGGGGUUGU